AUGUGGCGGGGCUGGGUUGUAUCAUGGUUCGACGUAAACCGCCCCAAACUCAAAGGGUGGGCCACACUCACUGAGGCUAAGGUUCAAGCAUGUAUUGUCGUUUCAAGCCUCCUCGCGGGCGAAAUGUCACCUGGACUCCUGACAGCUAUCGCCUACCAAAUCCGUGAUUACAAUAUCGACCCGAAGACCGCGGAGCAUCUGCUGCGGUAUUCUGUACGGUCUGUGACGGGUGACUUCAAUCCGUCAACCGGAUACGGUGGGUGGAAGGGUACAGACGAAACGGUACGAUUCUUGUUGUGCACCUUUGGUGCUGUCUCGCUCUAUCAGGCAGACUCAUGGGCAGGAUACUCUGUGUUCGAUAGCUCACCUGUCAAACGCAGACCUGCGCUCUUCUCCCUGCUUUCCAUGGACUUGUUUCGUCGAUCUGCCUCAGUCAUCCACGACGGGCUUAUGGAAGUUAUAGCGGCUGUGCUGAUGGCUCAACAACUCAAUCCUAAUGUGCCUCCACCGUUUGAUACACGAGAGGUACGGCAUCGCCGUUUUAGAGAUUCGCCACGCCUCUGUUAUUUCGGCUGUGGCGCGAUUGAGAACGCACAUCAUGUGUUCUCGCAAUGCCCGGUCUUCGAGGUCAUCAGUCGUUCUCAUCAACAGCAGUUGUGUGACGAAACCUACGAGUUCCUUGUGGGCGAAACUACACCUACCAUGGAGGUCUGA